AUGUACAAGUCUCCGCCACCUCCUUAUGUUUACAAGUCACCGCCUCCACCCUCGCCAUCUCCCCCACCACCCUACGUAUACAAGUCUCCACCCCCACCUUCCCCUUCUCCACCUCCAUCAUACGUUUACAAGUCACUGCCACCACCAUCACCAUCUCCACCUCCUCCGUACAUCUAUAAGUCUCCCCCACCGCCCUCACCAUCUCCACCCCCACCCUACAUGUAUAAGUCUCCACCCCCGCCUUCACCAUCCCCUCCGCCACCUUACAUGUACAAGUCCCCUCCACCUCCUUCUCCUUCCCCACCACCACCUUAUUACUACAAAUCUCCACCACCACCAUCUCCAUCACCCCCGCUUCCAUACUAUUAUAAGUCUCCCCCUCCACCUUCACCAUCACCUCCACCUCCUUACUACUACACAUUUCCACCGCCGCCUAAGAAGUCUCCACCGCCACCAUACUACUACACGUCUCCUCCUCCGCCUUCACCGUCUCUUCCACCACCAUAUUACUACACAUCUCCGCCUCCCCCCAAGGAGUCUCCUCCCCCGCCUUACUACUACACCUCCCCACCGCCACCUAAGAAGUCGGCCCCACCACCUUACUACUACACCUCUCCACCACCAUCCAAGAAGUCGCAUCCGCCACCUUACUACUAAAAGUCUCCACCUCCGCCUUCCCCAUCACCUCCACCACCAUAUUACUACACAUCUCCGCCUCCCCCUAAGAAGUCUCCUCCCCC